CAAUCGCCUUCCGUCUCUUCCGCAAUUUAAUCUGCGAAGCCCAGGCACAAUGGUAUCUCCUCAGAACACUACCUACUCCGCUGCCGCUCUCUCCGUUCUCACCUCCCUCGGCGGUAUUGCCGGUUAUGCUCGCACCGGCUCCGUGCCCUCUAUUGCCGCUGGCCUGUCUGUUGGCGCCCUCUACGCCCUCAGUUACCUCCGCCUUAACGGCAAUCAACCGUAUGGAGAGGAGCUGGGACUUGUUGCUUCCGCAGUUUUGGGCGGGAGCGCAAUUCCAAGAGCGAUUAAGACUCGAAAGCCAGUGCCGUUGGGAUUAAGUGCGUUGGCAACAUACGGCCUCUUUGUUUUUGGGAUGGCCUACAGAGGGAAGAGAUCUUGAAUAAACCCCCUUCCAGGUUCCAAAUUAAAUAAUAGCUUGUAUGGUUAUUUCAGAGAAUAUCUGGAGAUAACACUUGACCAUCGCGACUCA